UGCCGCGGGGGCCGCUGGGAUCGCGGCGGACCCGGCGCAGACGGAGCCGGCGGAGCGGCCGCCAUGGACGUGUUCCUGAUGAUCCGGCGGCACAAAACCACGAUUUUCACCGAGGCCAAGGAAUCCUCGACCGUGCUGGAGCUGAAGAGAAUCGUGCAGGGAAUCCUGCACCGGCCGCCCGAGGAGCAGCGGCUCUACAAGGACGACCAGCUGCUGGAGGACUCCAAGACUUUGGGCGACUGCGGCUUCACGAGCCAGACGGCGCGGCCACAGGCGCCGGCCACCGUGGGGCUGGCCCUGCGCAACGGGGAGGAGUCCUUCGAGGGGCUGCGCAUCGAGCCCUUCUCGAGCCCCCCGGAGCUGCCGGAUGUGAUGAAGCCCCAGGACAGCACCGGGGCCACCACCGACCCCCCCCCUGCCCUGAGGGCCCCUUUGGGCUCAAACCCGGAGAUUUUGGGGUUCGGGGGGGGGGGGGGGGGGAGGGGCGGGGGAGAAAUCAAAAAUUCCAAUGAAAAAUUCCAAUAA